ACACCACUCCACUCCACUCCAUGUGCACACAUUUGACUAUCCAACCAAAGUGAGAUGUAAGUGUAAGUCACUCACUCACCACUUCUCGCUGCUUCACGCGCGAAACUAAUUUUUACACUCUCCACCAUCAUUUUUACAUCCACGAUCAUUUCAACAAUCAACAACAAACAAAAAACCUAAUUUUGGAACCUUGUUUGUUUAUUAUUAUCAACCACUAACUGAAUCACAUCACAAAUUCCUAUAAUUAAUCUCAACCCACCAUCAUGACCAACACACAUUUCAGAAAACCAAUUCAACACCACCAUUUCCCAAUUUUCAGAUCCACCUUCUUCCUCCUCACCAUGGCAGCAACAACCCUCUCAUUCCUCUUCCUCUUCUUCUUCCUCCUCUCCUCCUCCUCCUCCCACUCCACCCCCAUCCACCACAUUCAACAAGCUUGCAAAGCCACACGUUUCCCUCACCAAUGUCAAACCACCCUCACCUCCCACCUUCAUCACCUUCCCUUCAACCCUACCCCUCUCAACAUCAUCUAUUCCUCAAUUUCACUUUCUUCUCUAAACCUCAAAAUCGCGCAAUCAAUGCUCGAUUCCAUGUUACGCGGUUCCGCAGGUAAUCACCCCCACAUCACCAUCGCGAAAAGCUGUCUUCAAGUUUUUCAAUACUCUCAUCACCGUACAUCUCUCACCGUUCAAGCACUCUCACGUGGUAGAACUAAAGACGCACGUGCUUUCAUGAGUGCUGCAUUGGCUUAUCAGUAUAAUUGUUGGUCUGGUCUUAAAUAUGCUAAUGAUACUGAAUUGGUUUCCAAAACGAUGUCGUUUCUUGUUUCUCUCACCAAUAUUUCCAGUAAUGCUCUUAGUAUGAUUGUCUCGUAUGAUUUAUUUGGUAACAAUACUGAUUUAUGGAGGCCUCCGAGAACCGAACGGGAUGGAUUUUGGGAGGAUUCUGGCUCCGGCGUGUUCGGGGCGGGACCGUCUGUACCGGCGAAUCUUACGCCGGAUGUUACCGUGUGUAAGGAGACGGGUAGUGGGUGUUAUGGGACGGUGCAGGAAGCGGUUGAUGCCGCGCCUGAUAAUGUGGAUGUUGGUGGAAGGAGAUUUGUGAUAUAUAUAAAAGAAGGGGUUUAUGAAGAGAGGGUUAGGGUUCCGUUAAGAAAGAAGAAUGUUGUGUUUUUGGGUGAUGGCAUUGGGAAGACUGUCAUCACUGGCUCGGCUAGUGUCGGAUUAAUGGUGGGGAUGACGACCUAUAACUCUGCCACAGUAGGAGUUGCUGGGGAUGGAUUCAUGGCAAAGGAUCUGACAAUCGAAAACACAGCAGGUGCUAAUGCACACCAAGCAGUAGCAUUCAGAUCAGACAGUGAUCUUUCUGUUAUUGAGAAUUGUGAAUUCAUAGGAAACCAAGAUACUCUAUAUGCUCAAGCCAUGCGUCAGUUUUAUAAAUCUUGCCGUAUUAUAGGGAAUGUCGAUUUCAUCUUUGGAAACUCGGCUUCAUUCUUCAAAGACUGCAAAAUCCUAGUCCAGCCCAGGCAAGCAAGGCCUAAGAAAGGGGAGAACAAUGCCAUUACUGCACAUGGCAGAACAGAUCCAGCUCAGUCUACCGGUUUUGUUUUCCACAACUGCUUGGUUAAUGGUACUGAGAAGUAUAUGGAAUUGUAUUAUGACAAGCCUAAUGUACACAAGAACUAUCUCGGAAGGCCAUGGAAGGAGUAUUCUAGAACAGUUUUUAUUAAUUCGUACUUGGAAGCCUUAAUCACGCCCCAGGGUUGGUUGCCAUGGAGUGCAGAUGUUGGACUGAAUACACUCUACUACGGGGAAUUCGGCAACACUGGACCUGGUUCUAAUUUGACCAACAGAGUGUCCUGGAGUAGCCAGGUUCCUGCUGAACAUGUGUCCACGUAUUCCGUACAGGGUUUCCUUCAAGGAGAUGAUUGGGUUCAUCGUAGCAGUUAUUAGCUCAUCAUGGGAUGGGAGUAAGUGAUGGUAGAACUAUGAUUAUGAAUAGGAGGUAUCAGUAAAUGGGAAAUUGUUCAUAUCUUUCCGUAUCUACUUGGCAAACUGCUUAUACAAUGAGGAUUUAAAAAAAGCCACGGGGAGGAAAUAACUCCAAAUCUUGUGUCAGUUUUGCUGGUAGAUACACUUCUGGGUGGAUGAGGAUCCUACUUAUUUUUAUUCGGUAGACCCUCUGCCCCUCCAUAUUCUUUUUGUAUGAUGCAAUGGCUGUGGUAUAGAAUAAUGAUCUGAUCAUGUAAAAUUAGUAAAUUUAUUCCGGAGUUUUCCAUCCAAUGUAACUAUACAACAAGGAUAUGGAAGGAAAAUCCAUUAUGGUGACUUCUUUUUUUUA